CACGUGAUCAUUUGACUCUAAGUCUAAAAGUGAUUCUUAAAAAUGGUCGUGAAUUUCAAAGUUUUCAAGAAAAUCUCCCCCAACGGAAAAGUCACUGUGUACCUUGGAAAAAGGGAUUUUGUGGAUCACAUUUCAGCAGUUGAACCCGUCGAUGGUGUCAUACUUCUCGACUCGUGCUAUGUAACAGACAGAAAGCUAUUUGGACAGAUAGUCUGUAGCUUCCGGUAUGGCCGGGAGGAAGACGAAGUCAUGGGCCUUAACUUCCAAAAAGACCUCUACCUAUGUUCAGAACAAAUAUAUCCACCACCGGAAAAAAGAGAAAACAACUUGACAAAGCUUCAGGAAAGACUUUUAAAGAAGCUAGGCUCGAAUGCUUUCCCGUUCUCGUUUCAAAUCCCACAAAAUGCUCCAGCUUCAAUAACAAUACAGCCAGGGCCUGAGGACCAGGGAGAGCCAUGUGGCGUGCAAUACUUCGUCAAGGUGUUCAUCGGGGAUCACGAGACAGAUAGAUCGCAUAGAAGGAGCACAAUCUCACUUGGAAUAAGGAAAAUUCAAUUUGCGCCGUCCAAGGUUGGACGACAGCCUUGUACUGUUGUCAGAAAGGACUUUAUGCUCAGUCCCGGAGAGCUGGAGCUCGAGGUUGUUUUGGACAAACAGGUGUACAACCAUGGAGAAAAGAUUGCUGCUAACAUAUGUAUAAGGAAUAACAGUAAUAAGGUGGUGAAGAAAAUCAAGGCAAUGAUUCAACAGGGCGUUGAUGUCAUGCUUUUCCAAAAUGGGCAAUAUCGCACUACAAUUGCCUCUGUUGAAACUGAUGAAGGGUGUCCUUUACAGCCAGGUUCUUCAAUGCAGAAAGUAAUUUAUUUGUUCCCUGAGCUGACAAACAAUAGAGACCGAAGAGGAAUAGCAUUGGAUGGACAACUGAAACGACAGGAUACCAACUUAGCCUCAUCAACACUCUUGGCGUCGCCUGAUCAAAAGGACUGCUUUGGAAUAAUAGUUUCUUAUGCUGUAAAAGUGAAACUAUACCUCGGAGCAUUAAACGGGGAAUUAACAGCCGAACUUCCAUUCAUCCUCAUGCAUCCAAAGCCUAACCCUAAGACAAAGAUGAUACAUGCAGACAGCCAGGCAGAUGUUGAAAUGUUCAAACAAGACACAAUUGACAUUGAUACGCUGUAAUUUAAAUAUUAAAAAAAAAAAAAUCAGGGUUUCAUAGAAAAACUAUUCUGCCGAUAAUAAAUAUUCUACUUGUCAAAUUAUAUUAGCUACACAUAUGUAACAAAACCAAUAAUAAACAAAAAACCCAAUAGUAA